AGUUAUUAAGGCUUAGGGGUGGGCCCUUGGGGUAUUGGGGUCAGGUUGGCAUUAACCCAGCGCUGAGCCAAGCCAGGCUGACUCAGCAGCCUGGCCCCUGUCUUGGUCCCCUGGCAGGCCCCCUCUGCACUCCCACAGGGCAGAGAUGGGAGAUGGCUGUCAUUCUGCCCCUUCCCCUGCCCCUCCAGGCCCGGAUCCGCCUGGCCCAGGGGCUCUGGCUCUUCUCCUGGCUAUUGGCUCUGGCAGGUGGCCUCACCCUGAUCUCCAGUGGCCAUCUCCUGGCACAGCUAUGGCACCUGAGCCCUUUCUUGGAGCCCACCUGCUCAUUUCCAGCCCUCCCCAAGACAGCUUUGGCUGCAGGGGUGGCUGCCCUGGGCACGGGGGUUGUAGGGGCUGGAGUCACUAGAGCAUCCUUGGACAUGACCCGAUAUCCACCUUGGCGAGAGGUGCUGGGACCAAUCCUGCUGGCUGGGACCAUUGGGGGUGGGGGUCUCCUGGCCCUGGCAGUAGGUCUGGCCCUGGCAUUGCCCAGGGGCCUGGAUGCUGCUCUAGAAAACGGUUUGGGGACAGCCUUGGCUCACUACAAGGACACAGAGGUUCCAGGGCACUGCAAUGCUAAGCGGCUGAUGGAUGAACUCCAGCUGGCCUACCACUGCUGUGGACGGCACACCUACAAAGACUGGUUCACCGUUCAGUGGAUCAGCAGCCGGUAUCUGGACCCCAAUAACCAGGAUGUAAUUGACCAGAUCCAGAGCAAUGUGGAAGGGUUCUAUCUAAUCGAUGGGGUCCCCUUCUCCUGCUGCAACCCCCACUCCCCCUGGCCCUGCCUGCAGAACCAGCUCUCCACCGCACAGGUCCAUCCCCUGUCUGAUCCUCGGCAGCCCAACCUCAACCUCUGGGAACAGGGCUGCCACGGUGUGCUACUGAGGCACGUGGCAGGGCUGGCCAGCACCCUGGGGACUGUGCUCGGCAUUACCUUCCUACUACAGGUGUUGGUGCUCCUGGGACUACGGUACCUGCAGACAGCUUUGGAGGGCCUGGGAGGAGCCACAGAUGGGGAGGGUGACACCCAAGGCUACCUGUUCUCGGGGGGGCUCAAAGAGAUGCUGAAAAGUGCAUUCCAGCAGGGGCUGUGUGCUCAGAGACCUGUGCCCGAGGAGGUCCCAGCAGAAGCCUAGCACCCCAGAGGAGGGGAAGGGGGCAAUGAAAGGAGGAGAGGCUGGCCAGAGCAGUUCUCAGUGCCCCUCCCUGCAGCGGUGCCCAUGCUGAGAACAGCACUGCUCCGGAGGGGAAUGAAGAGGGGCAACAGCAGGGUCCAGGGAAGAAAGGAAGGGAGCUAGAUUAGGAGCGACAGGCAGAAGACACAGAGGGAAGCACCAGCUACAAGCAGCUAAACACAGAAAGCCACCAUCUGCUGCUGGCACAGGCGGUGCUGGGGGCAGGGGGGGAAGCGAGGAAAGAAAUGGCCGAAAUCAAUAAACCUCAGCCGCCCAACGCUUUCCUUCCUUUCUUUCUGGGGAUGGGGAGAGUGGGCGCUGUCUUCUCUGACCGAGGCAAGGAGGCACUUCUUGGUUCAGGAGGGGCCUUGGGACCACUCUGGGGUCUGACCCGAUUCUGAGGAGGUUCAGACGCUGGGUGUCGGGGGUGGCCCUGUUAGAACCACUGAGCGAAGAGCAGGAGUCAGAGGACUGACAUACUUUAUUCUGGAGGGAGGAAUGGGGGAACAUGCUUACUAUGGGGAGGGACCUGACAGCCCCGUCCUGAUCAGGCCCUAAAAUGCAUGCCCAUGCCCACUGAGUAACUGGACAGCACCGCUCUUCAGGCAGUCGUCCCUGCUCCUCCAGCCGAGUCCAUCUGCCCGGUAGGACUGACCCAGCUCAACACCACUGUCCACUUGUUCUCUUCGGCGAGCUCCACAUGGCAAGAUGGGGGAGGAAGGAGCCCUAGAAAUGGUCACUGUGUCCACCAGGCCCAUAAGGCAGACCCGGCAUCUGGAGGGUCAGGACCUUGGACGGCCAGAGAACAAACUCCUCUAGCAUAUGUAUGUCCCCAAGAGUGUCAGCCUCUUGGGUCACACCUCGAUGCCGGGGUCUGAGCCCCGUCCUAGCCUCUGCAGCUGUUCUUCCUGUUUCAUCUUGG